CGUCAGUCCGACACCAUCCACCAUCCACAACGAAUCAUCCACCAGGCAUUCGAUAGUCCUCCCAUAUCCGAUAUGCCACAGGUCGCUGUUCGGCGUACCGUCAUCCGCAGCAGUCACCACGGCCACCCGGGGGGACCUACAAGCUACAGAAAAGCCGCAACGGACAAUCGCAACCAAGACACCGCUCCGGUCAAUCUAGUUCGAGAAGUCGAAGGUCGACCGAACAAGGGUCUCCCACAGGAGAGUGCAAUUGCGGCCCCAUGGGGUCAGAGCCCAGUCGACACACUCAUCCAGGCUUUCCCGCUAGAUUUCACCUUACAACGCCGAUCGUCUGGUGCAUCCCCAUCCUCAGUGAGACGAGAAGGAAACCGCGCAGCAUAUAAGACGAACCGACCAAGUCGCUCGUUUUCAUUUCCACACUCGGACUAGACGAUCUCCACAUCUCAAUCUCUCCAGCAUUUGAGUUUAUCACUACUACUACUACCACUAUGAAGACCAACCCGAUCAUCAACCCAGCUACGGACGAUACCACGAUGACCGUCUUGCCACGGGAAGACCGUAAAGACGCCGAGAUCGAGAUGCGAGAGGACAUUGAAGUCGACAAGGAAAAAAUCCUCUACGCCGAUGGAGGAGAGGAAGAUCCCAACUCCCCAGCGAACAUCUUGAAGAGGUACCCUUUGCUGGUCGGGAUGACCCCCGGGGAGAGAGAAAUUCUCAACAAGCGUGUUCGACGACGAAUCGAUAUCUGGAUGUUGCCCAUGAUCACCUUUAUGCUGUUCAUCAACUAUCUCGACCGAACAAACGUGACCAAUGCUCGGGUCGCUGGGAUGCAAGACGAUCUGAAGAUGACCGACGUACAGUGGUCCGCAGGGAUCUCUCUCUUCUACGUUGGGUACAUGAUCUCCCAAUUACCCGGAUCGUUGAUCCUCUCCCGAGGUAAACCUAGGAUCAUCAUGCCUCUGAUGAUGUUCUGCUGGAGUGUCCCUACGAUCUGCAUGCCCCUAGCUACGAACGCUACUGGGUUCAUGAUCUGUCGACUGCUGGUCGGUCUGUUCGAAGGACCUUUUUUCCCCGGGAUCGCUCUCAUGACGUCUUCUUGGUAUGUCAAGGACGAAUUACCAUUCAGGAUGGCCAUUUGGCACGCCGCCAUCACUCUGUCUUCCGUCUUUGGCGGUCCUCUCGCCGCCGCCAUCCUCGAGACAAUGCAAGGCGUCCGCGGCCUACACGCCUGGCAGUGGUUCUUGCUCAUCGAAGGAGCCGUUUCGAUCGCAACCGCCGGAGCCGCCUACUGGUGUCUUCCGAACUGGGCCAACAACACUCCUUGGAUGACCGCUGAAGAAACCGAAAUGGCUCAAUACCGCUUGGUACUUUCUGCUGGUGGUCACGACGAGGGCAAGAACGAGCUGUCCAUAUUUGGUGGAGCCAAACUAGCAGCCAAGGAUCCGUUCACCUGGAUCUUCUGUGCGAUGCACUUUUUCCUUGUCAUCGGCCAAGCCUACAAAGACUUCCUGCCCACAAUCUUGCAAACCUUUGGCAAAUCGAAACUCACGACCUACUUGCUUCAGUCGCCCUGUUUCUUUUUGGGCUUCCUUGCAACGCUAGGUUUCGGAUGGAGUGCCGGGCAUUUCAAGGAGAAUACUUUGCACAUCAUCGUCCCCUUGAUCUUUAGCAUGGGCGGUGUGCUCAUGAUCAUCAUGACCGAGGUCGUUGGCGUGCGAUACACGGGAGUUUGCUUACUUAUCAUGGGUACUGCAUCGGGUCUCAACUUGCAAGUCAGUUGGGAGACCAGUAUCAUCCCCUCGCCCCGACACAAGAAGGCGGCUGUUAUCGCGAUAGCCAAUAUGUUCUCGUCAACUAGCCACUGGUUCACGCCUUACUUCUUUCUUACCUCCCAGGAGCCCCUCUACAAGCUCGGCGGAGGCUUGCUCCUCGUGGGUUGCGGCCUAUCGAUCGUCACCGCCGGGCUGAUCAGAUGGAGGGUCGUGAGGCUCAACCGAAUCUUGGACAAGACCCAAGAUGCACAGAACGAGGUGUUUGUCAGGCAAGGGAUCGAGAUCAAGGAGAAGGGUUGGCGAUUCCCUCACUAGACGGGGGCAAAGUCGUGGGCAGCGCGAGAGUAUUGCUUGGACGGGAGUGUUUCGAAAAAGUAAAGAAGACAAGAAAGGACGAAUAAACGGCGUCUUGUAUACGGAAAAUUCACUUGGCUAUAGGAUCGUUGAUUAUGCGAAUCGCUACCUCGCCGCUUUCGUGUCAGGAAUUUGACAGCAUGUCGCCUUCAAUAUGCUGUGUGCAACGUCGGGACCUUAAAAUGAC